AUUUGUUCAGGUCGGGCUCCGUGGGGAUUGCCACCAAGAUCUUGUCCUCGUCGACGGAUCCCAGCGUGGACUUCGAGUUUGAAGGUGAGAUGAAGGGCAUCACGCCGCUUUAUGUGGCAGCCACUUGGGGCUAUCCUGAACUGGUGAGGUAUCUGCUGCAGAAGCAGGCGAAUCCCAGCCGACGGGAUGCGCGGGGCAUGACGCCCUUGCGAGUGGUCCUCGUCGCCGCGCAGGAGUCCAAAGUCUGCACCAGCGUGGCCGUGGACCGUCAGCAGGCGUUGCGUUUCAAGGGCCUUCGCUAUACGGAGGUCAUAGAGAUCUUGGAAGCGCAAAGCCUCGAGGAGCUUGAGGCCAAUUCGCGAGCUGUUCCUCCACGGAAGAGCUCGGAAGAGGCCUCCUCGUCGAAGGAACAGCUGGACGAGAUUCCGCGGCUUUCCUUGACAACUUCUGCGGCUUCCGCAGAGCGUAGCAAGGGAAGUGAUGCGUUCUCCGAGGCUGAGGUGUCGAUGACGCCACUUGUACAAAGACUUGCUCACGGUUGGAGAAGCGAAGACGUCGCGAACGCCGAAGCGAACGUCAGGCACUCUGCUCCGCUGAGCCGCUCUCCGAUCUCGAGUCACUCGAGUGACGAAACAGUCAACAGGAACAAGUGCCACAUUUUGCCAAGGUGGGCCACAGGUGAAAGACCAUUGAAAGACCAUUGAGGUUGAGGGGUUGAGGGAUCCACCAAGCUGUUCUGGUUCGUUUUCGGGGUCCAUCUUACCAAGCUGAAAUUCCGCACAGCGGCAGUGUGGAGCUAACCGUACGUUAUCCUUUAC